AUGCUUGAAAACGACGAAAGAAAGGCCCUUCUUACAUUCCUUCGCUCCAUUCCUGUCCCUCCCUGCAAGCCCUCCGCUCUGCAGGUGUCUCACGUCCCCACCAUUCCUCACACCGCCCCCCUUCGCACUGCUGAGCUAGCCACUGACCCGCUGCAGAAUAUACUGCCCGCAGAAGAGAAAGUGCUGUCACACGAGGUAAAACACAAGGUGUCGCUGUUUAAGAUACCGUCGGUAGUAAGAAUAAGCGCGGCUGCCAUUCAAAUAGAGAACAAGUCGUUUCCGUACAGAGUCACAACCAUACGGCUCACAGAUAUAAUAGACAUCGCACACAAAGAAGACAAAACCACAAUAAAAUAUCAAAGCAAAGAGAAAACAAAAAGAGAAAUAAUCUAUUCGAAGAUGCUGUCAAGAUACAUUUAA